CUUGUAAAAUAUUAUUUAUUAUUAUUUAGGUUUUUCUGUUAGAUAGCUACAGGUUAUCUUUUGAAGCUCAAUGUAUCUUGAUGAACACAUAGAAGAAAACAGCAGCCUGUUUCCAGAGAUGAAUGUCAACAAAGCUAUCUCUAUUGGGAUUCUUGUAGUCAAUGAUGACCUAGCAUGCCAAAGCAAUGUGGCAGAGGUGCUUCGACGCUGCAAUUAUGAAGUUUUGCAUACUGGAACUGUUUAUGGUGCUUUACAUUCAAUAUGGGAGAACAAGGACAGGCUUGAUCUUGUUAUGACAAAUGCGCAGAAGUUAGAAUUGGAUGGCGCCGCAAUCAUCCAAACUAUUAAGGAAAGGUUGAAAUUGAAAGUUUUGUUGAUACCUAGUGAUGGGAGGGUCGAGCCCAGAGGCGAGCUGCUUAAUUUCUCUGUGUAUUUUUUGAGUGGUUUGAGCAUAAAUGGUGUCAGUAAGCUUCUGAAUGCAAAGAGAGUGAAGGAAGACAAAAUAGGGGCAGCAGCAAAUCAGCAAGAAAAUGUUGAGAUGGCGUCCAUUUCUAAUGCAGCCGUUGGAACGAACAAGGCUUCUUCCUUGAUUAAGGAUGCAGCGCUCGUGAACCAGAAACAGAAGGCUGUGGAGGUGUGCAGGGAGAGAAGUGAAGGCAGCAACGACGAUCAAUAUAAAGGGAAGAAGCCGAGGGUUACUUGGACAAAUGAAAUGCAUCAGAAAUUCUUGGAUGCCAUUGAAAAAUUGGGAUAUGACAAGGCGGUUCCCAAGAAAAUAGUCGAAGUUAUGGGCGUUCCCGGGCUUACCAGGGAGAACGUUGCCAGCCAUUUACAGAAAUAUCGGUGCAGCAUGAGACGAACACAAGAAACUAUCUUCGGCUCACUUCCUUGCAUACGUACGAGGACUGAGCUCGGAGGUUUCGGUGCUCUAACCUCACCUUCAACGAGUAAAGAUCUCGUCUUUUGCUCCAGAUCGGAGGGGAAGUUCUCGCAUCUCAGUGACGUGAGAAACAUGAUGCAACGCAGAGACAAGCAUUUUACGUCUUCUUCUGACAACUCCGGCACCAGCAAAUUUGUGGGAUACAGAUUCAUAGGUAACCAAAUUGAUUAUGGUCCCAUCAACAAGAGCAACACAGAUGCAGUGUUUUCUACUACAGGGAGAUGGGAACAUCAGCCCACGAGCUACGUUCAACACCACCAUCCGUUUCCAGAUCAGAACACCAACGUAACAGCUGGCUGCAUUCUGCAGCAAUCCUCUCUGUUGAGUAGUUCUGCAUCAAGAAUUCAUGGUGCUGAAACAGCAGGUAUCGACACGUCUCAGGAACCGGACUUGCUCUCCUCGUACGCCUUGCAAAACGAGAGCUUACUCGAAGGCCCUCCGACUCAACAACCUCAACAGAUCUCUGACCAAAAAUCUGGAGAUUGCAGGGAGUCUUUGCUCCAUCAGCUGCAAUCUUGGGAUACCUCUGCAAAUGCUGCUCCCCAUCAAGAUCUCUCGCUGCCGCCGCUGGAGGCACCGGGAAAUGGUUUCUCCGACCAAGCUCCGGCAGGAUUCUUUGAUGAUAUCUUGCAACAGCAUUGUUCUCCUUCACCCCAGAAUUUAGAUGAUAUUUUUGGCCAAGGGGGAAAUGAUGAUUAUCUGAUUAAUGGAACAGGAAACACAUACGAUCAGUUUGAUAUACAAGAAUUUGAUGACACCCUUUUUAGUCAAGAUGAUUAGCCAUCUAUUUAUAUAGCAACAUUGUAAAUUAUUAGAACUUCUCUUUUUAUUGAAAAGUUCUUACUUUUCUUGCUAUA